GGCCAGUGGAAGGCGCGGGCAGCGGCGGCUCCGAGUGGCCGCUGCGGUGGGCUGUGCCACAGUCUCCUCCCUUUGGUCGGCCGCAGGUUGGUGGCAGGAGGAGGGGACCGCUGCGGGCGCGGGGAGGGGGCGUCGCACCGCCGGGGCCAUGGCGGAGCCGGGAAGCCGCGAGCCCGACACCCGGGCCUGUAGCCCAAGUGUCACUGCCAUGGCCCCACCGCAGCUCUUCCGCGCACUCGUGUCGGUGCAGUGGGUGGCCGAGGCGCUGCGGGCUCCGCGCGCGGGGCAGCCCUUGCAGCUGCUGGACGCCUCCUGGUACCUGCCCAAGCUGGGCCGCGACGCGCGCCACGAGUUCGAGGAGCGCCACAUCCCAGGCGCCGCCUUCUUCGACAUCGACCAGUGUAGCGACCGCACAUCGCCCUACGACCACAUGCUGCCAGGCACCGCACACUUCGCCGAGUACGCUGGCCGCCUGGGCGUGGGCGCGACCACGCACGUGGUGGUCUACGACGCCAGCGACCAGGGCCUCUACUCCGCCCCGCGCGUCUGGUGGAUGUUCCGCGCCUUCGGCCACUCAGCUGUGUCGCUGCUCGACGGCGGCCUCCGCCAAUGGCUGCGCCAGGGCCUCCCGCUCAGCUCAGGCAAGAGCCACACCGCACCCGCCGAGUUCCGCGCUGAGCUCGACCCCACCUUCGUCAAGACGUACGAGGACAUCAAGGAGAACCUGGAAUCCCAGCGCUUCCAGGUGGUGGACGCCCGCGCCGCUGGCAGGUUCCGCGGCGUCGAGCCGGAGCCCCGAGACGGCAUCGAACCCGGCCACAUUCCCAGCACCAUAAACAUCCCCUUCACAGACUUCCUGACUGAGGAGGGCCUGGAGAAGAGCCCUGAAGAGAUCCGUCGCCUGUUCCAGGAGAAGAAAGUGGACCUGUCCCAGCCACUGGUGGCCACAUGUGGCUCUGGUGUCACAGCCUGCCAUGUGGCCCUGGGGGCCUACCUCUGUGGCAAGCCUGAUGUGCCCAUCUACGAUGGCUCCUGGGUAGAGUGGUACAUGCGGGCCCAGCCUGAGGAUGUCAUUUCUGAGGGCCGGGGAAAGACCCACUGACGCUGGGCAGGACACAGGCCUGGUUGUUUGGACUCUGUUUUAAUCAACAGAGUGUUUCUUUAUCCAACUCAAGUGCCAUUUGGGGUGACCUCCCAGAGGCCAGGAAUUCCGUUGACUCGUGGGCUGCCGGUGGAGCUGGGAGAGAAGGCAGAGAGCAGACACUGAUGGGGGAGGACAGAACUCCCCACUACCCCGCACAGUGCUCAGCUGAAGCCCUGCCUCCCUUCUCUUUUGAGGAAAUAAAAGAGCCAAGUACUAAA